AUGUCCGAUCAGGCCCCAGAGCCCGCCCCCCCGCGCCAGGCCCAGGCCUUGCGGCGCCGCUUCUGGUCCGGGCCAGGUCCUUCAACUGCAGAUGCCACUUUGAGGAGAAGGAUCAAACCCUGGGAAUUUACAGUCUUCUUCGACCCUAGAGAACUCCGUAAAGAGACCUGUCUGUUCUAUGAAAUCAGGUGGGGUAUGAGCCACAGAAUCUGGCGAAACACAGGCGCAAACACAACCAAACAUGUUGAAGUCAAUUUUAUUGAAAAAUUUACCUCUGAGAGAAAGUUCUGCCCAUCCAUCAGCUGCGUCAUCACCUGGUUCAUGUCCUGGAGCCCGUGUUGGGAGUGCUGCAAAGUUAUUAGAGAAUUUUUAAACCAACACCCCAAUGUGACUCUGGUUAUUUAUGUAGCUCGGCUUUUUCACCAUAUGGAUCAGCAAAACCGACAAGGACUCAGGGACCUUAUUAUCAGUGGUGUAACUAUCCAGAUUAUGGGAUUUUCAGAGUAUGAACACUGCUGGAGGAAUUUUGUAGAUUACCCACCUGGGGAAGAAGCUACCUGGCCAAGAUAUCCUCCUCUGUGGCUGAGGCUGUAUGCACUGGAACUCCACUGUAUCAUUCUAAGUCUUCCACCCUGCUUAAAGAUUUCAAGAAGACAUCAACAUCAGGAGACAAUUUUCAACCUUUCUCUUAGAAAAUGUCAUUACCAAAUGAUUCCACCCCAUAUCCUUUUAGCUACAGAGCUGAUACAACCUUCUAUGACUUGGAAAUGA